GGGGAUGGUUUCAGGGCGAGGAGGCUGCUGGAUUUUCACACUCAGUGUCUCGGCACCUGAGGUUUUGGUGUCCCUCAGAAUUCCCUGUUUGCAGCUCAGGAUGCAGCGUGUGUCCGUGUGGAAGCUUCCACAGCCCAGGCUCAGCGCCGUGGCCCUUCAAACGCCGUUAAUUGCAGAGGAUGAAGCAGCAUGAGGAUGUGUGACAGAGGCGUCCAGAUGCUCAUCACCACGGUGGGAGCCUUCGCAGCCUUCAGCCUGAUGACCAUCGCCGUGGGCACCGACUACUGGCUCUACUCGCGCGGCGUGUGCAGGACUAAGUCCCUGAGCGACAACGACACGAGCCGCAAGAACGAGGAGGUGAUGACCCACUCGGGGCUCUGGAGGACGUGCUGCCUGGAAGGAACCUUCCGAGGAGUGUGCAAGAAAAUCGACCACUUCCCCGAGGAUGCGGAUUACGAGCAGGACACAGCUGAGUACCUCCUCCGUGCAGUGAGAGCAUCCAGCAUCUUCCCCAUCCUCAGUGUGGGUCUGCUCUUCUUCGGGGGCCUGUGCGUGGCGGCCAGCGAGUUCUACAAGAGCAAACACAACGUCAUCCUCAGCGCGGGCAUCUUCUUUGUCUCUGCAGGUCUCAGCAACAUCAUUGGGAUCAUAGUCUACAUCUCGGCCAACGCGGGGGACCCGGGGCAGAGCGACUCCAAGAAGAGCUACUCCUACGGCUGGUCCUUCUACUUCGGGGCGCUGUCCUUCAUCAUCGCCGAGGUGGUGGGGGUGGUGGCGGUGCACAUGUACAUCGAGAAGCACCGCCAGAUCCGCGCCAGGUCGCACUCGGAGCUGCUCAAGCGGACCGCCUUCACCCGCCUGCCGCCCUACCGCUACCGCUUCCGCCGGCGCUCCAGCUCCCGCUCCACCGAGCCCCGCUCCCGGGACUUGUCGCCCAUCAGCAAGGGCUUCGGCACCAUCCCCUCCACCGACAUCUCCAUGUUCACCCUCUCCAGGGAUCCCUCCAAGGUCACCAUGGGGACGCUGCUCAACUCGGAGCGGGACCACGGGUUUUUACAGGUCCACAACUCCAUCCCCAAAGAGUUCAAGGAGGCUUUGCACAACAACCCGGCCAACAGACGAACCACGCCGGUCUGAGCGGGCACGGCCGGGCUGGCGGGCUGCAUGGCACCGCCCUCCUGACGCCUGCAACCCUGUUUUUAAGGACAAACCCAGAUGGCUCGCCCUGCCCCUACCUGUGGGGCUGAUUUUUUUCACUCCCCCAAAAUGCCGCCGGCCGGGCCGGGCUGUCGCGCCCACGUUGGGACCGGGACCCCCCACCCCCGUGCCAGGGGCUGCGCUGUGACCCUGGCUGUGGUGCCCUACAGACUGAGCAGGGCUUCCAACACCACCCGGGAGAGUGGCUCCCCGAGGUCUCCAUCCUUCGUGUUGCUCAUAACCGCGGUGUUCCCUUAGCUGUGUGUCCAUGGAAUUGCUGGCCGUGGCCCUGGCCGCGAGAACCCCCACCCCCGGGAGGCACAUUGGGGUGAAACCGCCUGGAAAUGGGGAGUUUGGAGCCCUUGUGGCGCCAGCCCCUUCCCCGGUGGGUGGCUGCAGGGGCUGGGGCCGGCUUUCUCUUUGGCGUUUCGUGCAUGCAUUAAAUAGCUUGGAACUCAAUUUUUUGUCAUGUUGGGUUGGAAGAAAUCAUCCUUUUCCAAUUUCCUGUGGUCUUGAAAGGGCUUCUUUCUUUCCUCCUUGCUUUCUCCUUCCUUUCGGUGCAAUUCAGGCUAUGAAACGGACUCAGGAGCAGCAUUCCUCCAGUGACUGGUAGCAGUUAGCCAGCGUUUCACUAACCUCUGAUGUUGCAGUGAAUUCCCUCCCUUGAACACAGCCAGAGGCACAAGUUGCUGCCUGGGCACAACCAAGGAGGCGACGCCUUGUGGAGGAGCUGGGCUGGGC